AUGACAUGCCGGUAUAUCCUUUUGGGCCUAGAUAGUGCAAUCAAAAUUGAGCUUAUGCAGAAGUAUACAAAAGAUAAUAGGAUGGUUAGAGUUGAUGAUUUGGAUCGAUGGCCCGUGGAUUCUGACGCCGUUGGCUUUCUCUCGGCAAUAUCUACUAUAACAUUAAUAGAAACCUUGAAGCAGAAGAAUUCACUUUUUAUCAAUAAGAAUCGGUCCCGGGGGAAACUGGUUCUGCUAGCGCGAAUAGUUAUUCUUUCUACGAAGAUCUUCUAUUUAUAUGACACCUAA